AUGUCGACCUCGCACUCCCACCGACCGACUCUCAAACAGAACAAUAAGAACUUCAAGUCAAAGCACUCGUCGAAAGGCUCUUUGAAAGCUGCGGCGAAGGGCAAGAUCGUCAGCUCGUCGAUAUCGACCAAGGGCGGCAAGCAGCUCGCUUCGGCCACCAAGAAGGCUCGGCUCAAUGCCAAUGCGCAAAAGCGAGAGCUGAAGCGGAGGAACGUGUCAGAGGAUGUCAAGUUCUUCAGUACGAGCAGCGGGGGCGGGAGUGUACCUCGAAUCAUCACGGUCAUCCCCUUAAUCUCCAACCUCUUGCCUCGGCGUUUCCUCCUCGACCUCCUUCCUUCGCUCGGUCUUCCCCCUUCCGAGCUCGCAGAAGUGAUCUCGACUGUCCGGUCUACAGGAACUUACCUCAUCCGAGCUCCCCGCUUCAAGACAACUCUGCAGAUCAACGUCCUCCCGCCCCUUUCAGUCUACGCCGCGCUGGACGCUGCGCUCGUCAGCGACUAUGUAGUGCUCCUGAUGAGCUCGACGAGGGAGGUGCAGCUGGAGGGAGAGGCGGUGCUGCGGUGUCUGCAGGCGCAGUGUGGUGGGGUGGAGAUCGUGCCAGUGGUCCAGGCACCAGAAGACGAGCCCAUCACGCCCCAGACCCGAACCGGCAUCCACAAAUCCCUGUUAUCCUUCUCGCGCUACUUCUUCCCAUCAGCCGAAAAGGUACAUUCGGCCGAUACGCCCAGCGAGUCGGCGCUACUCGCUCGGGCUUUGUGCGAAGCCACGCCCAAGACGAGCCGAGACGAGGGACGGGCAUAUCUCGUAGCGGAGGGGAGUGAGGGCGUGAAGUGGGUCCCAGGGCCGGAUGGUGUGGAGGGAGGAGAGGAGCUUGGGAGUCUAGAAGUCACAGGUACAAUUCGGGGAGGAUGCUUGAGUGCGGACAGGCUGGGACAUAUCCCCGGACAGGGAGAUUUCCAGAUCCUACGGGGACCGCCAUCAUCCCUCGCCCUGGCGGCGAAACCACACCAAAAGGCCGCUCUCAUGUCGAUCGACGAAUCCACCCCUAGCCUCUCCUCGCCGGGCGAAAACGCCGAUGACCUCACCGCGACCAACGUUCCUGAUCCACUAGCGAACGAGCAGACCUGGCCUACCGAGGAGGAGAUGGAAGGCGCAGGGCCAUCUCGGCUGGGCGGGGAAGAUGGAGUACGGACGAAGCGGGUGCCGAAAGGUACAAGCGCGUACCAGGCUGCGUGGAUCAUCGGAGAAGACGGCGGGGCGGGUGACGAUGAUGAUGAGGAUGAUGAUGAAGAUGGGGAGGAUAUGGAUGAAGAUGACGGGCUGGAUGGGAUCGACGAGAAUGCAGCGAGGUUCUUGGGUGAUGGAGAGGAGACGGAGGAAAUUGAGCUGGACUCGAGGAGGAGCGAGGUACAUCGUGAUCUGGACCCAGAGCAGGAGGAGCGCGAGUAUGCGGUAUACCUCAAAGCCCGAGCGCGAGCAGCAGAGGAGGACCAAGCCUUCCCUGAUGAGAUCGACACACCCCGCCAUAUCCCCGCCCGAACGCGAUUCCAGCGAUUCAGAGGGCUCAAGUCAUUCCGUACGAGCCCUUGGGACCCGUAUGAGAAUCUCCCGGAGGACUAUGCGCGGAUAUUCCAGUUUGAGAGUUGGGGCGGGACACGGAAGCGGGUCGAGCGCGAGGGUAGGGAGGUCGGGAUCAAGGCGGGAACAAGAGUGACGGUCGUUCUGAAGAAUGUACCGAAGCGCGUAUUGGAGAACCACAACCCCGCCCUGCCGUUUAUUCUGCACGGGCUGCUGCAGCAUGAGCACAAGCAAUCUGUGAUCCACUUUGUGGUACAGCGGAAUACGGAAUACGAGGAGCCCGUCAAAGCGAAGGACCCGCUCAUCCUCUGUGUCGGGGCACGGCGGUACACUGUCCGCCCGGUCUAUUCUCAGCACAUCCGUGGUGGUGGACGGGGUGUCAAUAACGUUCACAAGUCUGAAAAGUAUCUGCGACCGGGACAAGCGACGGUCGCUACCUGCUUCGGCCCCAUCACAUUCGGCAAGGCUGGUGUUGUCCUGCUCAAAGACGAAGGCGAGGACCAGGUACCCAGCCUUGUAGCUAUGGGCACCCCCCUACCACCCGACCCCACCCGUAUAGCUGCCAAACGCCUUAUCCUUACUGGCCACCCCUUCAAGAUCCACAAAAAGACAGCAACGAUCCGAUACAUGUUUUUCGACCGGGACGAUGUCGAUUUCUUCAAGCCUAUCGAGCUGCAUACCAAGCUCGGCAAAACCGGACACAUCACCGAGGCGCUGGGUACGCAUGGGUACUUCAAGGCGCACUUUGAUGGACCGAUCCAGGGGAUGGAUACGGUCUGUAUGAAUCUGUACAAGAGGCAGUUCCCCAAGUGGUCAGAGGAGUUCACGCCGCCUGCGAUCACGGAGAUUGUGGACCGGACGGGUCGGCCAGAUGAAGAGGAGGCGGGAGAGGGGGACGGUAUGGAUGUGGAGGAGUAG